AUGCCUAACGGUAAACACCAUGAAUACACAGGAAACAAGCAGGACAUUACUUACACGGAGGUGAAGAGGACUAAGUCUUCACAGAAGCAAAGAAUACCUAAAGCAAAGCAGAGCCCUGUAAUGCUAAGUGAGGAGCAGUUAAACUAUGCAGAACUGACAUUCCAAAGAACACCUCAGCUCCUGCCCCCAAAACGGGUUGUCAGAGGAAGAAGACAAGGCCCCAAAACAACAGUGUGGAGAAUGGUAACAGGCAUCCUUGGAGCCUUGUGUGUGGUGCUGAUGACAACCAUUGGAAUCUUACUUCCAAAAUUAUUUUCUAGACAAGAAGAACAAAGCAGAAAAUGCUUGCUUCAUGAUCGCCUGUGUCCUAAGGAGGAUAACAGCACCUGUGAUCUUUGUUCACAAGACUGGAUUGCUUUUGGAAACAAUUUCUAUCAUGUUUUUCGUGUACUCAAAACCUGGGGAGAUAGUCAGUCUUUUUGUAAGGAACUGAAGUCUCAACUGGUGAAGAUAGACUCCAAAGCAGAGCUGGAAAACUUGCUAUUCUUUGACAUUCAUGGAUGGAUUCUUCUCAGAACAGAUGAAACUGAUGGGUCCUGGUUGUGGGAAAAUGGCACUGAAAUAGAGCAAAUUCUAAUUCAUGAUUCAGGGAAGAAGAAUCAUAGUUGUCCUUAUCUCAGUGGAAAUCGAUUUUAUCCUGGUGACUGCUCAUGUAAGAAAGCAUACACCUGUGAGUUUAAUAUAUCAUGA